AUGCUCGCGUCUCUCCUCGCCGACGGCUGUGUCGACCCCGCGGGCUUCGCAUCGUGCCAGGCCGCCGUCACCACCAAGACGAGCGCCUGCAUCGCGCAGGCGAAAAAGGACGGCAGCCAGCAGGAGCUGCUCGCCUGCGGGUGCCAGGACCCCAUCGACAACGCCAACUGCUACGCCGCCCACUGCUGGAACCAGGUCUGGGGCUGCCAGUACCAGGAGUACAUGGUGCAGUACUUUCGCGGCUGCCCCAUCGCGAAGCAGCCCGUGCCGUACUUUCCCGCCCCGGCCGACGCCCGCGCCGCCUGCUCGUGCAACCUCGGUAGGGUCUUCUUCGCGUACAACGGCGCCAUCCAGCAGGCGGCGCAGUGCGUGCAGAAGCAGAACUCGGCCGACGCCGGCGCCAACCUGCAGGCCAUGCAGGGCUGCAACUGCUGCCAGGUCAGCGGCGCCUUUUCUAGCUUCUUUGAAAUCUGCCCCAGCACGGACCCCAAGCUCCUCGGCCUCAGCAACCUCGGCCAGCUGCAGUCCGCCGCCAACACACAGUUCACCAGCUGCGGCAAGUACCUCGACACGUACGACUGCGUCAAGGACUUUGGCUUCCACCUCGACGGCGUCAGCAGCUACCUCAAGCCGAGCGACCCGCUCACGACCGGCACCGCUACCCUCAGCAACGUCGCGGGCACUGUCACCGCGCCCGCUUCGGGCAGAGUCUUUUCUUACACAAACGGCGCCGACGGCACCGUGUACACGAUUACCGCCGCGGGCAAGUUUAGUGAUUCCGGGAGCGGUUCCGGGAGCGGUUCCGGGAGCGGUUCCGGCUCAGGAUCUGGCUCGGGAUCCGCCGCAGACAGUGCUUCGGGCAGUGCCAAUCCAAGCCAGACGAGCAAGCCCAAGAGCGCGGCUGCGGGCACCACGGCGAGCAGCGGCUUCGUAGUCCUGGCCGUGGCCGUUUGCGCCGCUGCUCUCCUGUAA